AUGUCUUCAACUCAAGAAGAUGAAAAUGAAUUACCAAGCCUUGAAGCUGCUAAAGAAAAAUUUCACGAACAUGAGAAAUAUAUGCAAUCAUUAACACAAAGUCAAGAAAGUGUUGGGCGUGUUCUACAUCGUGGUCAUCAUUUAAGUAAAAAAUUAGAAGAUCCAGAACAAUCUGCAGCAAUUAUUAACCAAUUAAAAUCUGUCCAAUCUCGAUGGGAAUUAAUUAGAAUUGGUGCUAUGGAAAGGCAAACAGCUCUUCAACAACAAAUUGAAAAAAUACAAAGAGCACAUUUAGACGAACUUAUUGAAUGGUUAGAAGGAAUUGAAAGAAGAUCAAGACAACAAUUAUGCCCACUUGCCGGAAAUAUUGAUGUUUGUUUAAAACAACGUGUUGAGGCUGGGGCUUUAAAACGUCAAAUGGAUGAAAAACAGCCAGUAUUUGCACAACUUUCUUCGUUUGUUGAAGUUGUCGAUCAGAGUUCUCAACAAAAACAAAAAGAAGUUGAGGAACAAAAAAGUAAUUUACAAAAUUUGGAAAUUUUGGUUAAACAGGUAAUUGUUCUAGAAUAA